UAUUGAAUUUGUACUACCAUCCCCAACCUCACUCAAAACACUCUUCCUCUGUCUCUCUCUCUCACUCCCUUGCACUGCGAAGUCUCCGCUCUCCUCUCUCUCUCUCUCUCUCUGAAAAGAAAUGGCAGCCACAUCCAAUUCCCUCCUCUCUCUCACUCUUUCUCAGUCUCUCAACAAACCCAGAACCAGAAGACUCUCACUCUCACAGUCCCCAACCUCUCUUUCUCUCUCGCUUCAAUCUAUCCACCGUUCCAAUUCCAUCACAUGCUCUUCUCUAAAUGGACCAAACAACACCAACAACCAAGACUUACCCAUUGAAAAGAAAUACCCAGCAUUUCCUACGGUCAUGGAUAUUAAUCAGAUACGUGAAAUUCUACCCCACAGGUUUCCAUUUCUGUUAGUGGAUAGAGUGAUUGAAUACAAUCCAGGGGUUUCAGCUGUUGCGAUCAAGAAUGUGACUAUAAAUGAUAAUUUCUUUCCUGGGCAUUUCCCUGAAAGGCCUAUUAUGCCUGGUGUUCUCAUGGUUGAGGCAUUGGCCCAGGUUGGGGGUUUGGUUAUGCUGCAGCCAGAAGUGGGAGGCUCCCGGGAAAAUUUCUUCUUUGCAGGAAUUGACAAAGUGAGAUUCCGUAAACCGGUGAUUGCAGGAGACACUUUGGUUAUGAGAAUGACACUUGUUAAGCUGCAAAAGCGGUUUGGCAUAGCAAAGAUGGAAGGGAAAGCAUAUGUUGGAGGUGAGGUGGUAUGUGAGGGGGAGUUCUUAAUGGCUACUGGGAGUGAAUGAUGUGCUCAGUUAGUAAUGUCUCUGUUUUUCUGUUACCUCCCAAUAUGUUGUUUUCUGGUUUCCUUUUACUUCUUUUUUUUGGUUGCAAGUUCAAUGUCCUCUUCUGAUGUUAAACUCAAUGGCUUCCAAAAUUUUGUAGUUCUUGGACUUGGUUAUUGUUACAUUUGGAUUUCAUUUAGAUUUGUAAUUUCUUUUGCUGCUAAAGAUAUUGUUGAAUUCACCAAUUAGAAAGAUGGGUUAUAAAACUGACCCACAUAGGAAUUUUGCUUGGCUA